GUAAUUGAUCAAUCUUCAGUCUGCGAAGCAGGAUACUCUGUAUCUAAUAGCACCUCCAACAAAAUGGAAAAUUCUGACUCACGGAGUGAGGUUGCUAUCGCAUCUGAACCCAAGACUGUUGCAGAGCAACGCCAUUACCAUGACAAAUCAUCAGAGGACAGGGAGAUGGACGACUUUCAUGAUUCAGUAUAUAAGGAGAGAGUUAACAAAGAGAUAAUUCAGAGCAUCGGAAAAAAGAAAAUUCGGGAUCAAGAAUCACUUACAACACUUCCUGAAGAGGAAAGGCCUCAAGACCUCAACUUGGAUGCUCAGUCACGCAAUAACACAUCAUCCGAAGUAUCGGCUAAUUCAGAUGGUAGUAAAUUACCUCCAGAAGGCAAAAUAUGUAGCGAAACAAAUUCAAAGUGCAAGAAAAGUGUAGGCAAGCUUAAGCAAGAAUUAUUUACCCCUGAGUUGUCUUCACAAGAACCAUCAAUAGAAGAAUAUCAUACGACCGAAAUUCCCGAGACAUCAUGUCCUGGAAAAGUUACUUCUGGCUCGAAGAGUCACGGCUCUGCCAUAGAUUCUAACUUGGAAGAAUCGGAGACUCGAAGCUUUGCUUCAUCACCUGAUGAUAAUAAAUCCUACGAUGGAGACACUAAUGAUAAUGGCGAUUUUGACGUGAACCAACUUCCAGUUGAGAAUUUCUUUGAUGAUGACUCACGGGGUGAGGAUGCUAACGCAACUAGGGAUAAUGAAAAUGAUGACGAAUUCUCCGAUAACAACGAAGAGGAAGAUGAUGGAGGAUAUUGUGGUUUCUCUAACGAUGAUGAAGGAUAUUAUUAUGAUUUAAAUACCGGUGAAACUUAUACAAAAUCGGAAUAUCGUUAUUCAAUCCGCGCAUAUUAA